AUGGCAGGCCUACAGUCCAGGUCGGCGUUGGCCGCUCCUUUCUCCCUCACUGCGGCCUUCCGCGCGCUUUCCGUCUCGACUCCUAAGCGUGCCUUCUCCACAACGCUGGCACCGCAAUCGAACAAGAAACUCCCAGAGGACGUCCCAGCCUACCCCUACGGUCCUCGACAAUGGUACAAGCAAGCCGACACCGGUUUGUACGGAGGUUCUAUGAUUCGCUUCGGUAACAAGAUCUCCAAGGGUCGCAACGAGGGCAAGACGCGACGAAGCUGGAAGCCCAAUGUCCGCCGCAAGAAGAUGUGGAGCGAGGCACUCCAGGAACACCUCUUUAUCAAGCUCACUCGCCGGGCACUACGAACAAUUAUGAACGAGGGUGGUCUUGACAAUUACCUCCUGUCUGAUCGACCGGCUCGUCUGAAGGAGCUUGGCAUGUUCGGAUGGCACCUGCGGUACCAGGUCAUGCAAAGCCCGACAAUCAAGGAGCAAUUCCGACAACAACGAGAGAAGAUGGGUCUUCCAGAGCCUCUGUCUUUCGAGGAGUGGAUUAAGACUAAGGAGGAGGAAAUUGAGGCAAAGGUUGAGGAGCGACUCAACAUCAAGGCCGUCACAAGACCUCGUCCCAAGGGCCAGGGUGAUCCUCAGAACGAUGCCCGGAAAAUUGCGGCAGCGGAAGCGUUGCCUUGA